AUGCCCCAGAGGGUGAGAAAAGGGGUGGGGUUAGAGGCCAAGGCGGGCACCCAGGAGGCAGGCCCAGAAGAGGACUGCGGAGGUGCCGAGGAGGAGAUGGACGCGGGGGCGGCAUGGCCUGUGCUGCGCUCGGUGAACUCGCACAAGCUCACCCAGGUCAUCUUCUGCAACUGCAGCCCUCGGGUCAUGCUGCCGUGGCUCAACUGCUAUGGCAAGCCACAGCCCUACUCGACGCUGCUGCCCAGCAGGGACUUUCUCAUCCACAGCUUCGAAGCGUAUACCCUGAAACAGCGAUGCCUCCAGGUUGUCCAAGGCCUAGUCAAGCCUGAGAAUUACAGGAGACUGGACAUCACACUCUAUGACGAUCUGGAAGACCACCCAAAUGUGUUGAAAGACCUGGAGCGACUGACGCAGGACAUUUUUCAUCAGGCAGGAUCCAGUGACACCUUCACCUGGCUAGAAGAGAGACUGAAGCUCUCCGGAGCUCUGGUGAGUCACUCUUAA